CAGAAAAGUAAACUGGCAAAGGAGUAAAAUCCAUGAGUGACACCGUGAGCUCUCACGAAUAAAGUUAAUUUUAAGCUUUUUGUGAUAAAUUGUUUUGUGUAACAUAUAAUUUGUUUAUUUGCUACUUGAACACAGUCUAUUUUUAAUUGGGUCACUAUAUUUAGCUUCAGGUACAUUUUGUGUCAGUGCACUGGUGAAUACGCCCUUGAAAACGGAGUUUCAAAAAAAAUCUUCACUCAGCAUAGCAACAGUAGUUCGAUCCCUAUAUUUCAUAUUAUAGGGAAUAGUGUGUACUGUUUCUUGUAUUGGUGCCUUUAUGAGAUGACUGGAGAAGAUGCAUGGAGCCUUGAAAACCGAGACAGAAGAAAAUUAAUCUGAUAGUGUCGUAGUGUAAGUAUCGGUGCUUUUUGUUAGUGUAAGAUGAUCACGCGAAGAUGGUUCCACCCGUCGCUGAGCGGAGUGGACGCGGAGAAGCUUCUGAUGGAGUGCGGGAGGGACGGGUACUUCUUGGCGCGGCCCAGCAUGAGCAACAAGGGGGACUUCACGCUCUCCGUGCGUCGCGGCGACGAGGUCACGCACAUCAAGAUACAGAACAACGGCGAAUUCCUCGACCUAUAUGGAGGAGAGAAGUUCGCGACCCUCUCCGAACUCGUGCAAUACUACAUAGACAAUCAGGGCCAACUGCGCGAGAAAAACGGAAAUGUUAUUAGAUUAAAAACGCCCCUAAACUGCGCCGACCCUACCACGGAGCGGUGGUAUCACGGGCAACUUACCGCCAAGGAAGCUGAGAAAAUGAUGCUCGAGAAUGGAAAGAAUGGCUCGUUCCUCGUCCGAGAGUCUCAGCGGCAACCGGGCGACUUCGUGCUGUCCGUGAGGACCAGGGACCGGGUCACGCACGUCAUCAUCCGGCGGCAGGACAACAAGUACGACGUCGGCGGCGGCAAGCAAUUCAAUGAUCUCGUCAGUCUCAUAGAGCACUACAGAAACUUUCCCAUGGUAGAAACUUCAGGCGAAGUCCUUAGACUUAUCCAGCCGUUCAACGCCACGAGAAUACAAGUCCGCCACUUCCAUACGAGAGUAAAACAACUACAAAAGGAAAACGAAGGUCCCAUCGAAAGUAUGGCGUACAAACAAGGUUUCUGGGAGGAAUUCGAGACGCUGCAGAUGAUGGAGAACUUCCAGUUCGACAGGAUGGAGGGUUCCAAACCAGAAAAUAUUAGGAAAAACAGAUACAAAAACAUUAUCCCUUUCGAUCAUACGAGGGUCGUCUUGAAAGAUAUACCACACGACGCUCCGCCGGGUUCGGACUACAUAAACGCGAAUUACAUUCGGUGCGAUAGCAUCGAUUGUAAUUCCGACUCGCAGGAUUGUAGCAACGGCAGUAACGAGAAUGGCUCGCCACCGGGCAGGAGCAAGGACAAGUCUGUGGUGGUGGCGGAGGAGAUCGCGCCGCGGCCCGCCGCGCCCCCGUUCGAGCCCAGCGUGCUGCGCUCCAACCCCAACUACGUCAACACCACCAUCCCGAAGGCGGCCGCUAAGGUCGAGAGUCUCGUCGCCGAAAACGUCUACAACAAAACUUACAUAGCAACCCAGGGCUGCCUCUCGACCACCAUUCAUCAAUUCUGGUCCAUGAUCUGGCAAGAGGACGUCCGCAUAAUCAUUAUGACGACCAAGGAGAUCGAGCGCGGCAAAGUGAAAUGCGAGCGGUACUGGCCCGAUCUAAACAAGACUGAGGUGCUGAAGAAAUAUUCAAUUUACAACGAAUCGGAGUCUUCGACGCAAGACUACACGUUGCGGCGGUUCGCGGUCACGAAGAAUGACGAGCCGAACGCGAAGCGUACAAUAUAUCAUUUUCAUUUCACGGCUUGGCCGGACCACGGGGUGCCUUCGGAGCCCGGCCGGGUGUUGAACAUCCUGCUGGACGUCAACAGCAGGCUGCAGCAGAUCAUGACGGGGCCGGAGCCGCCGAUGCAGGCCGUGGUGUGCGUACAUUGCUCCGCGGGUAUCGGCAGGACCGGUACGUUCAUUGUGAUCGACAUGAUUCUCGACCAAAUAAGGAAAGAGGGGUUCGAUUGCGAGAUAGAUAUACACCGCACGGUGCAGAUGGUGCGCGACCAGAGGUCCGGUAUGGUCCAGAACGAGGCGCAGUACAAGUUCAUAUACAUGGCCGUGCUGGAGUACAUCCAAGCGGUGAAGCAACUAACCGGCUUGGGAAAAGAACCAACACCAAACUCGCCCACAAUCAGGGGUGUUCCCUUUUUAUAAAUCACACCUACAGAAUUGAAAGAAAGCUUUAUAAAGAUUAGUAGGGAUUCAAGUUUGUAGAUUUUCAAACCAUUAUCGCUGAUGGUAAUUUUAACUGUACCUAAUUUAAGGAAUUUUAUUACCCUGACGUUUUAAAAGUAUAACAGUCUUUUUAAAUUGAUUCAGUAAGACAUACAAUAUUUGUUUUUAGUUAUGAUUACUGGGUAUAUACAGCGAAAUUAAAAAAACACUACCUAUAUUUGUAUUAAAUUCAUAUUUAUUCCUUGUGUAUAAAGUCACACAGAAUGUGUCAUCACAUUAUUAAUAUUUUAAGUGCUUUCCUGUUACGGAAAUAAGUAAAUCUGGCAUCCUCCGUGUUUUAUUUUAUGUAAUUUAAACAUGGCUGCAUUAUGUUAAUAAUAAUGAAAUCAUUUCUAAAAAAAUAAAUAAUAUAUGUAAUAUCUUUGUGACACAUAAUGUAUAUCAACUACCAUGUAUUAUUUUAUGCAAUUAUUUAAUUUUUGUAAGUGAAACUUUUCUAAAUAUUAUUUUAGGAUGUCAAAAGUUUACCUGUUAUAAUAAUAUACAAUCACUUUAUUCGAAGUGUUACAUUUUUGUAAAAUAUAUUAUUAAGUAUGUAUAUUUAGACUAUAUUAACGUGGUUAAGUGACCUAUGAUUCUUUAAAUAUUUUUGCAAACAUAUGAAAUUUUACAUUAUUUUAUUCGAAUACACUAUAGUUUACAAAAGAGCUGAAUAUAUUGAUGUUGAUGGUGGGUAGUUAUUUGUAGUUUAAAACUAAUAAUUAUAAGGCGGGAGCCUCACAGGCAGCAGUUUGUAUUGGCACAAGAUUUAUUAUAUUUAUUGGUUUCAUUCAUUAUGUUGUAAUCUUAGAAAGGUGGAAAGAAACCGACUCGCCGCCUGUGAGAUUGGCGCUAUGAUACUAAAUGGAGACCUGAUAUUUCAAAUCAUUGCUUUAAAUUGGUACUACAAGAGGUCUAGAGAUGACCAACGUGAUCUCGAAUUGGGAGUUUGAAUUGAACAGAAUGUAAUAUUUUUUGUUACUCAUUCUUUUGGCGAAUGUUUGCAGUUCAAUUUGAUUAUAAUAUUAGCUCAUAAAAUAAAGAAUGUGUGUUAAAAUGGAAUACCGACUUGCCAGCGGAUUUCUUGGCUAGCACUGAAAAUGUGUCAAAUUUUUGCAUCAAUUUUUUUUUUUUAAUCUAUAAUUAAAUAUUCGAUGAUUAUUUUUCGGCCAACGUUUGCAGAAUUGGCUCGUCUUAAGACUUGUUCAAUCGUAUAUCGUCGGUAUAGUGUAGGAAUUUGAAAA